CUUCCCAUCCUAUUCCUACGUAGCCCCAUUAGCUAUAAACUCGUCAAAACAGCAAAACCAAGAGCCAAACACCAAGAAAAAAAAACAUGUCUCUGAUCACAGAAGAGAUCAAAGCCAAUGCAGAGGUCUGCCAUGGAAGUGAAAUCUGCCAAGAGAAAUCGAUGCUCCUCCUCAAGGAAAUGGGCUUGCCCAAUGGCCUCCUACCCUUAGAAGACAUGGAAGAGUGUGGGCAUGUCAAAGAAACAGGCUUUGUUUGGCUCAAACAGAAGAAGAAGACUCAACACAAGUUCGCCAAGAUUGACAGGCUCGUGUCCUAUGCACCUGAGGUCACAGCCUAUAUUGAGCCAAACAAGAUCAAGAAGCUCACUGGUGUCCAGACUAAGGAGCUCUUGGUCUGGGUCACACUCAGUGACAUAUACAAUGACGAACCCCCUACCGGAAACAUCAAUUUCAAGACUCCGUUAGGGUUGUCGAGGUCCUUUCCGGUGUCGGCUUUCGAGGUUGAGGAGACCAAGGAGGUGAAGGAAAGCAAUGAAGUGAAGGAGGUGUAAGUGCACCAACUAAGUAAAAGAGGGAGUAUAAUAAGUGUACCCAAAAAAUAAUGUGCUUUUAUUAUGUUUACGUUGAUGUUUCUCUAAACAUGAAAGACUGCAAGCCGCUAUAAAGUAUAUGUAGCAGGGAUGAAAUUAAUAUAUGGUUAUAUAUAUUUUUAUGAAA